AUGGCGGCUCCAGUAGAACUCGUAUCUCUUAUUCUCACCGAACUCUGGGCGUGUCCGAUUUACACUGAGAAGCGCAUUGACCUUUUCACGACUUGUAAUCUCGUUUCCAGACUGUGGUCAGCCAUCAUGAAGGAGGUCACUUCCACUCACUUGUGGAUCCCUUUCUCCUACAGUAAAGGACAUCUGUAUACCGUCAAGCCGAUGCAUACUAUUUCUAACGCGAUGCUCUGCCGUACCAUAACAAUUUGGGUAGAGUAUAUGGUCAUGCCACAAAUACUUUACGAUACAAAAUGCGAACCCUCCAUUGCGACAAAUAGGGCCAUAGAAUCUACGCUUCGAAGAAUAUUCCGCGGCCCGAAUCCGCCUCGAGAUGUGACUCAUAUCUAUGUCGACUUCCUGGACGAUCCUCAGGUUCACAUCCCCCACUUCUGGAUACCCCCUCAGAUCACGCACCUAACGAUUAUCUAUCACUAUCGCCGUUGGGUGGCUUUCAAUUUUCGGCUUGAUUAUCCCAGACCCUGCGCAUGCGAACGAUUAGCCAUUGGCAAACGAGUGAGGCAUCUCACCGUAAUGGGGGCUACGUCUGUGAUAGUGGAGCGCCUAAUAGCGCCUCUCGAGGAGUGGAAAUGCUUGAUUUCGUUGACUACCAAUAUCAAUGAAGCUGAUAUCUCUGCUGCCUCUUGGAUCUCUGUCGUUUGCAAGAAGUACGAUUUUCCGUUUUUGGACGUACGAAGGGACGACUAUGCACGUCGGGCCAUGUUUGGCGAGUCGUGGUGGUUACACCGGCCAUAUUGUUGUUUGUCAUCACAUUUUUUCUUGAAACAGGUCAUUCCGGUGGGAUCUGUCGGUUACAUCAAUCCCCUUACCAGGAAGUUCGUCGUACUUUUCAAUGCCAUUGAUCCCGCAUCAUCAACAGAUCAGCGAAUCCAAUCUAUUCCCUCUCUCCUUGAAAGUGGAGUGACAAAGCUGAUCGUCGACCCGAAUUAUUCUUCCUUCCCGGACUGGGAUUGCGAGCCUAUUGCAUCGUCUGACAAUGGGGUAUAUUCUGAAGCCUGGGACGAUGUGCUUUUCUGUCUUGGACUCUUUUCUCCUACUGACGGAAGUGUCCCUGUGACAUGUGGCACAUUGGAGUCACUCUGUCUUGCGGUAGGACGGGGGUUUUCCAGAGAACUUGUAGGGACCCAUUUUGAUUCCUGGUUCCUUGAGCACGAACAGACGAUCUUGGAUGUGUUUGGAGAAGAUCAUCCUUACAUUCGAAGGCAUUUGGACCUUGUGACAACUGCCAUCGACUCUGCUCAAUACGCUUGGUUCGCCCGUCUCUAUUCCAAGUCAGGAAGCCAUAUAUCACAGCAGCGUCUUUAUUUUCGCGUCAACCCCCAGGCAUCACUCACCCCUGGAAACCCUUGGGGAAACUUCGUGGAAAAGGACGCAGAUUCCCUGGACAAUCUAAUUUCCUGGAGCCAUAUAUCCACUGUCGGACAAUCACCAAUGACUGUACAGAUAUGUUGCCAUUCUACCAAAACCGACUGA